AUGAGCUAGCAGGGAUGAUGUAAAUACGUUGAGCUGACCGAGGGCCGGAUGGGAGGUUCCAGUGAAGCCUGCGGUUUGCUGACGACUUUCCCCUCAGUGCAGUCCAGUUAUUUGAGAGCCGUUAAACACUGCAUGCUGAGAAGACACCGUCAUUUUUCACACAGGAGCUAGACUGACUUUGUUCCCUCUACACUGCAUUUUUUAAAAGUUUUCUAUCAAAAACAUUUCAUAAUCGAAAAGUUUUCUAAACGAUAAAACCGCCUGUCACACAUUAAUCUCAACAUUAUGUUGAGUGAAGGAAGCCAGACACCGAAGGCCACACAUUGUAUUUGAAAUGUCCAGGAAAGGCAGAACUGUAGACAGCAGAUGGGUUGUUGCCCGAGGGGUGAGGGCACGCCCCGCAGCGGGCCGCAGUGACAGGCACGCCUGCACACAUUCGCUCCCGCAUCACCCCGCACCACACACGGGGAAGCGUGCACACUCCUUCCAGGGACAGCGAGAGGAGCCCCUGCUCUGUCAACGCUCUGAAGGUGCUCCGGGUGCUGGCAGAAGCCAGCAGACUCCUUUGCUGAGGAGCUGGUCCUGUCCAGACGCGGAAGAAAACUGACACCUCCCACGUGGGGGACAGAAAGGUCCUCUCAUUGGUGCCACCUGCAGAGAUAGACAAGGAGCGCCUGGCCGUCAGAGGACGCUCCUGACAGUGACACAAUGACCACUAUAAAAGUCAGGCGGGCUGAGAAGGGGACAAAGUCCAGGACGCUUCCUAGCUGUGGGGUAAGAGGAGCUGCCUCCUGAGAUGGAGAAAUUUAAGGCUGCGAUGUUGCUGGGGAGCGUCGGCGAUGCUCUUGGCUACAGAAAUGUCUGCAAGGAGAACAGCACUGUAGGCAUGAAGAUCCAGGAGGAGCUGCAACGUUCCGGGGGCCUGGACCACCUCGUACUCUCGCCAGGAGAAUGGCCCGUGAGUGACAACACCAUCAUGCACAUCGCAACCGCCGAGGCCCUCACCACAGACUACUGGUGCCUGGAUGAUCUGUACCGGGAGAUGGUGAGGUGCUAUGUGGAAAUCAUUGAGAAGCUUCCAGAACGCCGGCCAGACCCAGCUACCAUUGAAGGCUGUGCUCAGCUGAAGCCCAAUAACUACCUCCUCGCCUGGCACACGCCGUUCAACGAAAAAGGCUCAGGGUUUGGAGCGGCCACCAAGGCCAUGUGCAUUGGCCUGCGGUACUGGAAGCCUGAGCGCCUGGAGACCCUCAUCGAGGUCAGCGUGGAGUGCGGCCGGAUGACCCACAACCAUCCCACAGGCUUCCUGGGCUCCCUGUGCACGGCCCUGUUUGUGUCGUUCGCCGCACAAGGAAAGCCGCUGGUCCAGUGGGGGAGAGACAUGCUGCGGGCGGUGCCGCUGGCAGAAGAGUACUGCAAGAAGACCAUCCGGCACACGGCAGAAUACCAGGAGCACUGGUUUUACUUUGAAGCUAAAUGGCAAUUUUAUUUGGAGGAGAGGAAAAUCAGUAAAGACUCAGAAAAUAAAGCCAUCUUCCCUGACAAUUAUGACGCAGAAGAGAGGGAAAAGACCUACAGGAAGUGGAGCUCAGAAGGUCGAGGGGGAAGACGAGGCCAUGACGCCCCCAUGAUAGCCUACGACGCCCUCCUUGCAGCAGGAAACAGCUGGACUGAGCUGUGUCACCGGGCCAUGUUUCAUGGAGGGGAGAGCGCGGCCACGGGCACCAUUGCAGGCUGCCUGUUCGGGUUGCUGUAUGGCCUGGACCUCGUUCCCAAAGGCUUGUACCAGGACCUGGAGGACAAGGAGAAGCUGGAGGACCUGGGCGCGGCUCUCUACCGCCUGUCCACAGAGGAGAACCAGAAGAGCAGCCAGACCUGCAGUGACGUCAUGUCUGUGGACGCCCAAACCCUGAAGAAGAAGAUGGGCAAGCUGGCCUGUGACCCGGCCGCCCACUCCAUCCUCAGCAGCCUGCUGCUCUACGUCACGGGUCGCGCAGACCGGCCCCCGGGGACAGAGGCCGUGGGGAGCAGGCCCAGCCACCAGCCCCAGACCCAGGAGGCCACCCAGCGGCCCACGCGCUUCCAGCUCCUGCAGGCCAAGUUCCUGGGCACUGGCCGGGAGCGCUACCUCAAGAGGACCCGGGAGGUGGGCCGGCUGAUCUCCAAGGACAAGCAGGGGCCGGGUGGGGGCCUUGUGGGUGCCACCAUCAACAAGCUCCUGGAGAAGACUAAGGAGCCGGCCCCAAAGGCCUGCCUCAGCGAGAAGCCCCGCUGGGGCCACCCGGCUGGGAAGAGCACCGUGAAAAACAUCCUGAAGAUAUUCUUGGCCGCCGAGGAGAAGGAGGCGAAGGAGAAAGAAGCGCGUGAGAAGCCGCCUGCGGAGCGGCCCAAAGCCGCCAGGGGCCUCUUGCCGAAGAUCAUGGGCAAGAGCUCGGUGCUGUCCAAGCUGCGGGAGAAGUUCGAGCAGAACAGUUGCCUGUACUCCGAGGCCAGUGCGCUGAGGCUGCACACGCAGGAGCGGAAGAAGAGGAACCUGCAGAGGAAGAGGAUGCACCGGCCAGAGGUGCGCGUGCUGCACACGGCUACCAUGGCCAGCACCUGCGUCAAGAUGCCCCCUGCCCGCUUUCUGGCCUGCACGGCCGAGCCCCUGCCGGCCCUCAGCAUCGCCACCGUCGUCUGUGGCCCCAGGAGCUGGCUGUCCCACUGCACCAAAAUCAGCCACUCGGAGGCAAGGCGUCCACCCAGAGGAGAAGCCAGCGUGCCCCCUAGUGCCAGGGAGACGGGGCCCAGUGGGAACAAAGCAGUGGGAAAGGGGCCCCUGGAGGAGGAGCCCCAAAGACAGCCAAGGCCCUGGAAGCCUGUGACACCCCAGGUGAUGGCUUGGAGGGACGGCCACGCUGUCCCCUCGCUGGCCCCCUCUUGUGCUCCCUGCACAGGUGGAGUCUUUUCUGGCCUUGUGCCUGCAUCAUCCCCACUGGGACCAGCCAGCCCUUGGGGCACCGGAUCAGCCAGAGGUGACGGGACAGCAGACCCCACCACAGACAGCACCGCAGGAGGCAUCCAGGAGGUGAGGGGAGCCAGACUCACGUGGUCUCCUGGGCCCCCAGGCGAGAGUGCAGGGGAGGGCCCUGAAAUCGCCAUGACUGUUUGCAGUUCAGAGGAUGAAAGGGAAGGAGCAGGCUUCCCAGACCCAGGGAGAGACCCCCUCUUUGCCACCCAGAAGUACUUCCCAGAACAGAAGGUGCCAGAACACAUCCCACCCCUGAACGCUCCAUCGGUCCAGGCUGCUCGGAGAACACAGCCUGCCACGGAGCCUCCACGGAUAACUGUCCAAAUCCCAGUUGUCCAUGAAAUGCCAGCCCCUCCCACCAGGCUGCAAAAUACGUCAAGUGGUGAAAACAAACCUUCUUGUAUUUUUGGAGGAGAGAAUGUGGUUGAAAAUGCACACACAGAAUUUCCCACCGUGACUGAGAACAGAAGGGGUCACCGAGCCCCAGUGGAACCGAGCAAGCUUUCAGGGAUGCAGGCAGGACUCGAGGCCUCUUCACCGCUGGGGCCACGGGCAGCUCCGCAUCCGGCAGCAGCAAGAGGGGCUGUGGGUGCCGACCACAGUGUCCCAGAGACACUUCUGACACAGAGACUCCAGACAGAUCCUGCUGGCGGGAAGGAAAACAAAGGCAGCUUCGAGAAUUCACAUGGUCCCAGGAAUCCUGACGAUAUUUCAGGAGAGAGGACCUCUGAGCUCAGAGAUGAGAAGCAUCUGUUGCCGGAAUAUAAUGAAAUAUCAACGCAGAACAAGGGCUCCGCAACAAAUUAUCCUGCAGCCUCACAAAACCUUCUGAGGGGAAACACCAGCCAUGCCUCCAGCAGCCAGAAAGUGCUGUCCCCGACCGGGAGAAACCCAACAGGAGCCCCCAUGUCACUGGCGGCAUCAUCCAAGGGGCGUACGGGGCCUGAGGGUCUCACCCCGAUGGGCACGACCGUGCCCGGCGCACUGGAGGAAUGCAGAAGGCCGCCGCUAAUAGAGUCUUCUCAGCCCCUGAAGGCUGCCGAGGAAAUCACCAGCCAUGAUGUUCGCGAGAACCCACCGUCCUCAUUAAAUGAACGACCCAAACCAGGUAUGAAAGCCUGUGGGGCGAUGGCAGCUGCAGGGAGCGUUGCGAGCCGCGCCACGCCUGCACCAGCACCAGGCAGCACCCAGAGCCCUGGAGACCGCACAGCGGGACAGCCAGAGAUGCUGGGCCAGUGGGGAAGCAGAGCCUUGUCCGAAAGCCACCCCAGAGGAGAGGCUCUCCCUCGAGACCCCCACAGCCACGGCCUCCUGGCCCCCGGGGGAUCCUCGGAGCCCAAGAGUGGAGCAGCAGGGACGAGCCUCCUGAGAGGCGUGGCCCUCCUCCAGCACCCAGAGGACAUUGCGACCCUCGCCCAGCACCCGGAGGAUGCUGCAGCCCUCGCCCGGCACCCAGAGGCGCCCCGAUUACACAUUUCAAACACGUCGGUAGGCAGCAGACAUACGGCAGCUGUAGGAGGCAGAAAGGAUGUGGCUGUGGAAGGAAACCUUUUGGGUUUCAGGACAAAGUCUGGAAUUCCUGCUUCUGAUCAUCCUAGGCCACAGGCAAAGAGCAUGGCAGAGUCCCCCAGCUAUGGCCCUGGCCUCCCGCCGUCGCCUCCUGAGAACCCACAGGCAAAGGGCAGGGAGGGCGUCAGGUCUUCCCGUGGGGCGGAGCCUGACCAUCUGCUUCCCGCGGUGCCUCCUGCGGAGGUGGACAUGGGGUUGGUAGGUGGCACCCACCAGCGGGGCCCUCCCCAUCUACAGGCACACCUGCCCCCUACUGCUGGUGACACACAGGCAAAGCUCCGGGCCAGUGUCCCCGAGCCUAGGACACAGGCAGGUGAAUCCCACGAGCGUCCCCUGACACAGGCGGACCUGGGGAGGCAACAGAGUCACCAGGCACAGGAGGAGACCCCCCAGCCCGGGGGUGCGGGGAAGAGGGUGGCGCCGUCGGGCCCGAAGGUUGUGCUGAACCCAGCAAAAGAGCCUCAGACACGGUGGGCACAGGAUCUGGCCGGGGACAAAGGGACGGCCAUUGGGGCUGGGGGCGCCUGCCAGCGCAGUGACCAAGGUCAGCAGCAUCUACAGGGACCCUGGGAGGAGCAGAGGAGGAGCACGACGUGGGGAGAAGGCACCAGGGCUGCCAAGAACCCAGCUGUGCCUCCAGGGGACCCCAAGGGGCUGGGAAGCCCGGCGGCCCAGGGACAGUCCCAGAAACAGGUUCAGGAAUGGGCCCAGGGACAGGUUCAGGGACACGCUCAAGAACAGACCCAGUGGCAGACCCAGAUAGAGGCCCAGGGGCAGGCACAGGAACCGGCUCAGGGUGGGACCCAGGGACACAGUCAGGGACAGGCCCAGAAACAGGUUCAGGAUUGUGCCUGGGGACAGGUUCAGGGACACGCUGAAGAACAGGCCCAGUGGCAGACCCAGAUAGAGGCCCAGGGGCAGGCACAGGAACAGGCUCAGGGUGGGACCCAGGGACAGGUUCAGGGACAGGCCCAGAAACAGGUUCAGAAUCGGGCCUGGGGACAGGUUCAGGGACACGCUCAAGAACAGGCCCAGUGGCAGACCCAGAUAGAGGCCCAGGGGCAGGCACAGGAACAGGCUCAGGAUGGGACCCAGGGACAGGUUCAGGGACAGGCCCAGAAAUGGACCCAGAAACAGAUUCAAGGACAGGUUCAGAAAUGGGCCCAGGAAGAGGCUCAGGGACAGGCCCAGUGGCAGACCCAGUGGGAGACCCAGAUAAAGGCCCAGAAAUGGGCUCAGGAACAGACCCAGAAAGGGGAUCAGAAACGAGCUCGGGAACAGGGUCGGGAAUGGAUCCAGAUAGAGGCUCAGGGUCAGACCCAGAAAGGGGCUCAGGAACGGGCUCAGGAACAGGGUCGGGAGCAGACCCACAUAGAGGCUCAGAGGCAGACCCAGAAAGGGGCUCAGGAACAGGCUUGGGAACAGGCUCAGGAGCAGACCCAGAUAGAGGCUCAGGGUCAGGCCCAGAAAGGGGCUCAGGAACGGGCUCAAGAACAGGGUCGGGAGCAGACCCACAUAGAGGCUCAGAGGCAGACCCAGAAAGGGGCUCAGGAACGGGCUCAGGGUCGGGCUCAGGAAUGGGCUCAGGGUCAGGCCCAGAAAGGGGCUCAGGAACGGGCCCAGGAGCAGGCUCAGGAGCAGACCCAGAUAGAGGCUCAGAGGCAGACCCAGAAAGGGGCUCAGGAACGGGCUUGGGAACAGGGUCGGGAGCAGACCCACAUAGAGGCUCAGGGUCAGGCCCAGAAAGGGCCUCAGGAACGGGCUCUGGAACAGGCCCAGAAAGGGGCUCAGGAACGGGCUCGGGAUCAGGGCUGGGAGCAGACCCAGAUAGAGGCUCGGAGGCAGACCCAGAAAGGGGCUCAGGAAUGGGCUCGGGAUCAGGGCUGGGAGCAGACCCAGAUAGAGGCUCAGAGGCAGACCCAGAAAGGGGCGCAGGAACGGGCUCGGGAACAGGGUCGGGAACAGGCCUUGACAAGUGGGAUGGCACCUCGGGCCUGGGAGCAGCCCAUUAGUGGCACAGCUGAGGGAGUGGAUGCUGCUGGCAGGCGUGGGGGGUCCAGAAGCCCAGCCCCCAGGGAUGGUGGACAGUCGGGGGGCAGUGGCCUGGGGGAGCCCAGCGCCUGGCACCCACCCCCAGGAAGCCACCCCCUCAGGGGCAAGAGCGUUGCCCCCCACCCCCCGGGGCUGGGAAAGAGCCCAACUGAGCCCACGCCCGAGGCUGGGGGCUGCGGGACUUCCCAGGCCCCGGCCCAGGAGGGGCCCCCAGACCACCCUGGGGCUGAGAGGUCCCCGCAGGACAGGAUGGAGGCAUCGGAGCCUGAGCGUCGCCGGAGGUCCAGGCACCUGGCCAAGUACAAAGCCCAGAGCUUCCGUGACCAGAGGGCCUUCGAUUUGUCCUUCAGACCAAUGAGCGUCAGGGCCAGCAACACGUCUGAGCUCCCAAAGUGAGGCCCCGAGUCCACACCGUGGCUCGCCCAGCACUGUGACAUCCACCCAUCGAGGGACUUCAGGCAUUUUCCUGCCUCCAAAUGUGUCUUGGAGCAUCCCCUACAGAGACGCCUGUUUCCAUAAUUUUCUUUCCCUUCUUCACAAGCUGACCUUGGGAGGACUGAGCUACAUGUGGGUUGGGUCCCUGUCACCCCACAAAGCCACGAGGCCCUGUGGCCUCACCAGGCCCUCGGGAUUCUUUGUGUCUUCACUCGAGGGCGCCAGCUCACCCCUCUCUCACACAGCCUGCAGCGUGGAGCUCACACCUCCCGCAGUGGCACGGUGUGUGCGUCCCCUUCGAUCUGCAGGAUGCUGGCACUUUGGGACGCCUCCCCAGCUCUCACAGGGCCACCUCCCAUGGCUCCCUGCCCACACCCCGCCGUGCCCUGCUCUGACAUGGCCGCAUGGCACCCACCAUCCAUGGGCCCAAAGUGACGCACACCGCCCCACCCCCAUGACUCGAAAGAAAGGGCAGAGCUUCCUCCAGCCUCAGACGCCCAGGCGGGUGCCGGGUGCCGCGUGGCUGCUGGGCCAUGUGGUGGUCACCAGAGGGUGUGGGGACGCUGGGAUCCCAGGCCGGAGCCAGCUCAUCCGGAGAAAGAGGCCUCAGGAAAUGCCCACGUUAAGUUCUGAGAAAGGGACAGUGCGGAGCCCUGGGAAGCCAGGAUCCCAAGGAAGCUUCAUCUGGAAACUGGGUGCUGGGAGAAUGAAUGGGAGCCCGCCCGCCCUUCCCUGCAGUCCCUGCAGGUGGCGCCACUGGUGCCAGUGACCGGAGAGCCUCGCUGUCUGUCCUCCAUCCUCCCGAACAGCAUAGAAGUGUUUCCUGCCCUGGCCCGAGACGGCCCACGACUCCGGCCUUGUUCAGGUACUGAGGUAAUGCAUGUUCAGGCUGGAAUAUUUGAAUGCUGUCUAGAGGCACAAGAAGGAAAUCAAAGCCACCUGUGGUCACAUUGCCUCGAGAUGAUUUUUGUUGCCACUCUGGACUAUUUUUUAGGCUCUUCCUCCAUGCAUCUAUUUUAAAGCACAUUCUUCCCCAUGAUGGAGCCGUGCGCCUCCGUGUCGCGAUCCAUUGUCCCAGGCCACUGAGUGGCCUCUGAAACCCUGACCCCUGAGGCCACAUGGCUGCCUGAGUGGCCCCGGAGCAGCCGGAUUUUCAGCGUGAAUCGAUGCAGCCUGUCGCCCUAUGGCCCUGCACCCUCGUUUUUGGUGGUGCCCUCCCUGUGGAAAGUUCAUUCCUGCUUUUUGAAGGUGUCUUGGCAUCUUCUGCCUUUGCUACUGAGCAGUUUCCUGAAACUGCAAAGGCGCUUUGGCGCCUGCUGCGAGCACCUCUGUUUUCUGACUUGGAUGUUCCUUUAGAAGAAGGUGUUUUCCAAUGUCGGCUCUGAGAGGGCGUUUAGCAGGUGCGUCCUACCCACGGCGAGGCUGAGGUCUCUUCUACCAGGGAAGGUCCAUCCCGGCAGACACCAGUGGCUUUCGCUCUGCGGCGCCAAGGAGGUGGCAUGACGUCAUGCUCCAGGGAGCGUACAGGUUUCCUUCCAGUCGAACAAUUAACUUCAGAUCCAGCAGGUUUGACCCAUCCUCACCUGCUAGGACAUGCGAGUGCUGGUGUCUGGAAGGAGGGCCGGGCUGUGCUGAGCUCUGGGGGGCCGGUCCCCACAGCUCCCCUCACAAGGACCCCGGUGCCUCCUCUAUAAAUCAGGGGUCCGUGCUCCCAGCCCACUUCGAGGGGUUUCUGCUUGGCGUGUGGGUUCUAAGUGCGAGCUGCUGUGUGUGGAGGCUCCCGAGCGCCGGGUGCCCCUCGCGUGUGUGGGUCCCGGGGCAGCCCAGCUGCACACAGGAUGGUCUGGGGGUGCAGGUGGGGGCAGAGCUGAGCAUGGCGUGUACUUGGCCACAGAAGUCUUGCUGUGGUGCCGCUGGACCCCUGCUAGGAGGACAGGGUCCCCUCUCUCACGAAGCACACGGACCCCCGGAGUCCCUGCCCCUGCAGUCCUGGGAGCCUGCAGUUGGGGCUGGAGUUGGCCUCUCAGAGCCACCCAACCAGAGAGGCCCAUGAGAGAGGAGCUCAGGGGUCCAGCAGAGGCUGACAGAGUGGCCUCUUUGUCCUGUUGGCGGCCCCUGUUCAUGCCUGGGGUGUCCUCCCUGGAGCUGGGGGAGCUCAGGGACCCCCAGGUCUGUGUGGCUGCCCCUGCCACUCCAGGCACAGCGGUGCGGCCCUCACUCUUUACCUAUUUUGAAUUUGAGGCAAUGAGUGGCAAGAACGUGAUGACAGACACGGGAGGUAAAAAUAUGUUCACUGGCUGUUCCCUUUAGAAAUAAGAAGCGGUGGGACUUGCGUUGCUAUUUUUAAAUAGACCAGAGAGUGCACUGGAGAAGGCAUUGAGUGGUUUUAUUUUAAGUGGUGGAAAAAAUGAUGAGAAUCUCCUCCAGAUGACAGCUCUGGAAGUGUCGUGCCUGAACCCCUCUCACAGUCUGGCGGGCACAGAGUCUGUGAGGGGCCAGGAGGCCACCUGCUCGACUGGCCCGUCCUCUCCGUGUGCCAGAUGCAGCCCAGCAUGACACUGCCCUCAGCUCAAAAACACCACAGCUACUCUGUGUGCAGGAAAAAACUGCCAGUGACUUCAUGAGGAUUUGAGAAUGGUCCGUACGUUCACACUAAGCUGAGACAGGGCAGUUAGAAGAUAGCGCGGGGAAAUACUCACACUGCAGGUACGACCAUCACUUCCACACUGCUAAGGUCCAACCCUCCCGGGGUGAAAUAACUAUAGCAGAAGAAUGGUGUGCUAACCACCCCCACGGGCAUUUUAAAUAAAACCCAAAGUUGUUUUUUUAAAAAAAAAUAAAAAAGAAAGAAAGAGGCCGGGCGCGGUGGCUCAUGCCUAUAAUCCCAGCAUUUUGGGAGGCCGAGGCAGGCGGAUCACGAGGUCAGGAGAUCAAGACCAUCCUGGCUAACACGGCGAAACCCCGUCUCUAGUAAAAAUACAAAAAUUAGCCGGGCGUGGUGGUGGGCGCCCGUAGUCCCAGCUACUCGGGAGCCUGAGGCAGAAGAAUGGCGUGAACCCGGUAGGCGGAGCUUGCAGUGAGCCGAGAUUGCGCCACUGCACUCCAGCCUGGGUGACAGAGCGAGACUCUGUCAAAAAAAAAAAAAAGAAAAGAGGAUAUUUAUUUUAGCUUCUUAGUUAACAUUAAUUUUGUGUAUUUGAGCGACUCGUUGACUGCCUCCUCCCUGCAGUUUUUUACGGUUCCUCCGGCUGUCGACAGGCCUGCUGUGAGCCGCAGGUCUGUGGGUGCGAGUGACAACAGCCAGGCGGGAGGCACUCAGGUGGCAGGAAGGUCCCGAGACGGCUACAAGAAUGUGGUCAUGUUCAGGACACUCGCUCAGGGAGGGUCAUUGUCUGGGAUUUUACACGCUCAGCACCACCUCCUUAUUCUGUUCUCAGGGUAUCUCUGCUGUUGGAGUUACGGUCUUUCGGUUAUGUAUUAGGCUACAGCUAUUUAUUAAAUUUUUUCUUGUUCGUAUUCUUCUUUGUAUAUAAACAACCCUAAAAUGGGUUAGUCAGAAAAAAUUACUAAAUGUCAUUUGUUGUAUUCUGUCUGUAUUUUUACUAACAUCAUUCAGCUGGAAAUAAUUUCAAAAAGAAAUAAAAUACC